CCCUCCGCCAGCCUAUGAGAUCCCGUUCUGCGCAAUGGAGACCCAACCACUGGCCAUUCGGAGCUCCCCUUCGUCGGGGCUCUUUGACACCGUCGCAGUUGGUCCGGCCAGGCUAGUCCUGAUACACCACUAUGUACAUCCAUCAGCUCCGCCUGAAUGUCUCCUCCCCAUUAAUCGUCCGAGUGCUGUACAGUUGUCCAUCCUGUUGAGAAUCUCCGACGUCCGCAAUCGCUGCAUCGCGUGCAUUCUCUAGACCCUGGGUGUUUCCCGUGCCCCGCCGGAAAGCAUAUGCAGUAAUGCACGCUGAAUCUAGAGCCACUUGCUGCUAUCUACAGGCUGUUACUGCUUGAGGAGUUGACUCGAAUGAAUAUGUUGAUACUAUUCAUCAUAGGCCCCCCUGUCUGGUCUCUGCAUGUAUCCAAAAUGGGACAUUCCUAGCUCGAAGCGCUAGAUCGCCCUUUUAAAAUGAAACACCCCGGCAAGAACGGGCCAGCCCGCAUACAAUGCAGUUGAGGGAGAGCAGGGUGUUACGGGGCCCUGGAGGGCAAGUCAGGUACGACUUGUUGACAAUGACUCAUAUGUCCGUCGGACCGCUGCAUCAUCCAGGGCGUGCGUACCCACCACAUGGA